AUGUUCCUUUUGUCCGGUAUCUUUGAAAUCUUGAACUUUUAUCGUAUUCUGCGCCUUCCACCGUAAGUUUCAAAAUGUCUUGUACGAAGUACAAAGAUGAUGCCGGCCAAGUACUUUCUUCCAAUAAUUAUCAGCAAUCAUCGAAUUACUUCUUGCUACUCAGUAUUUGUCCCUCCAACGCUGACAGGCCAACAGUGUGGGCUCUUGCACGAGCCCAACCAUCCCCACAGAUAAGUUUCUUUCCAUCAAUUACGCAAAGAUGGGCCCUCGAAGUGAAAACACGCGCGUGAACCAAUGACCGAGAUUGAAACUUUUAAAAGAGAAGGAAUAAAUAAACCGUGGACGAAGGCAGUGCCUACCUUUCCCACCCGGGAACAAUGAAGACCGUUGUCCAUGUCUGUCCAUAUAGACUCGCGACUGUUCGUUCGUGGACUAAAUCGGCCUGAAUAAUUUUGCACUGCUCACGUUAAGGUAAUCUGAUUCACGCGAAAAUAACUAAUCUUCAUAGGCAAUGCAUACCAGUGUGUGUAAUAUUUUUAUACAAACUGAAGAACGUCCGGAAAACGUCCUUCACAAGUGCUGGCCGUCACAUUUAAAAUGUGGCGCCAACUAUUGCCAUAAAUAUUCAAUUGGAUAGCAAACUAAGGUGCAUAACUGCUUAAAUCAUAGAGCUAGCCUGACAGUUAGUUAAUAACCGUUGCGUACGAUUACCCUGCGUGAUAGAUGAAGAGUUUUAAACAAAUGAGCUGAUAAUUUUUGUGUCUUAGCUAUUUUAUAUUUAAAGCGUUCAUCCAAUCAAAUAUAGUGAUAGCACCCGGCAGUGGUUAUAUUAAAAUUAGCAGGGACCUGCCAGAUCUGGCAUUUAGUUAAGAUUUGCAUUAUUAGCUUGAAAACAACGCUCGUUAAAACCUUAGAAUCCGGCGAUACGACGAGUUGUCCUGCUUUCUACACACACGCAGAACUCGAAUGAAACUGGCCAGCGAUUACCUAUUAUUCACAAUCAUCCGAUUUCACCUGAAAACUACAACAGUGGAUUGUAAUUGCCACGUAUGCUGACAUGCUAGGCAAAGACAACUUGGAGAUUUUAAGAAAUCUCUGGAGUUGGAAGUUGCAUUUUGUCACCAAAUACAGUAGAAACUGCUCCGCACAGUAGGCAAAGCAAUCUUAUCUUUGAAUAGUGGCCUCAUUUUAAAGGAUAGUUCAACUACCGUAACAUACAGUGACAAGUGGUUAACACAAGUUCUGAAUUGGAAUUGGCAGGCUCAUGUCCUGUCCUGCGCAAAGCAAACGAGUGUUGGCCUUCGAAUACCACGAACCAAAAAAGAAUAUAAAGUCAGUAUAUUAUUGCGCAGGUAGGUAAUGCCUUCUGUAUUCAAAUAUUAGGACAACACUUUGAAAGCCUGCCCAAAGUUUACGGAACCAGACGUUUGCCACCUUGAGACAAAGUCUCCAAUACGCUGUAGCAGUUUUUACCCUGCGCUUCGGUAAUGUUAAAAUUUUUUGCGGAGCUUUCUGUUGAGUAGCUUUUCCACCCGUCACAACAGACAACACAUGUGCAUGUUAUCAAGGCCGAUUAUGUCAGAAAACCUUUCAAAUGAAAUGGUGGGGAGGGCGAAUGCCGAUAGAGUCGCGUCAUGCCGUCUUCUGCGCUUCGUUAGAAUGUGAAGCCUUAUAUUAAAACGACGAUCGUGAAACAUUCUACUGAACCCAUGUCCCCAACGUCGUUUUUCUUUAGCAGAUCCUCGGAUUAUCUUUGUAACUUCCUUCCGAUAACGACAGAGGGCAUACUCUUCGUCUUCCAUCUACAUGGUCAGACUCCUGUCAAUGUUUACGUUCACACAGUUUUGAUAUACGCCGUUCUCCUUCUUAUUGCCAUGGGCAUGUACGAAGCGGUGAAUCUGCGAUCGCACAUAGCCGGGCUUCUCCGUUCUAUCCUUAUCAUUCUUCAGGGCACGUGGUUCUGGCACGUAAGCCUCUGCUUUUUUGAAUUCUCUAUAAUUUGAAAGGACACACUCGAAUAUGACUCGCUACUAACUCAUGUCUGCCGUGUUCUGAUUUGUCAGCAAAAGUCCUCAGUUGAAGUUUGAAGGUACCAUGCGCGAGGUUUCGAAAUGUAGUUAAAACAUGCAUGUUUCGUUUUCAAUGAUUGUUUUUUCGACUCUUCUAAGCACCAAUUUUACAUGGAUCAACUCGAUAAACCUCUAAUAACAGUAACUUUGGACGCUUAGCUCUAUUAGGAAUUUUGCGGUCCUUUUCUUUGAAAGUCGAGAUUAUUUUUACUCGGGAUGUCUGCCCUACUCGUCGAUAAAUCGGGGUUGAAGUCAGUCAAAAGUGUGACAGGAGUAAGAUACAGAAAACGGUUUUGCACAGGCAGGAUUUCGAAGGCUGCGAGGCAAGUCAGUACAAUGUCCAUCAUGCGGGAAAUGCUUUGUUUUUUGGCAUCGACAGCCAUGUAGUCAACUCAGGCUGCAUAUCCUUUUCUGUUCUUACCGCCAAGGGCAGGCGAUUUAACAAGCACAGGAUGAAAUGGUUUACAUAGACAAAGCAUCCAUCGUAGUCCAAACCGAAAUAUUUUUUCGGAACUUUUAAACAGAUCUUUAACCGUGUUGUAGUUUAUUUCGUUGAUAUAUUGUGACCAGCGCCUAAACAUGUUUGAAAUAUUGCAACCCCUAAAGGCUACUUUGGAACUGACUUUUCAGUCAAUUUUACCGAAAAUGCCUUUCAGUGAAGUGUUUUAGAUGACACACUUGACUCAGAAUGACCUAGAGUUCUUCAAAAGCUGUGUCCAUGGCUUCACUAACCAAAACAUUCAUUGCAAUUUUUAACAAGCUUUUACUCAGAUUGUGGCCCUUCCGUUCAGUCGCCCAGAAGACCAAUAUUUUGAUAAAACCAUCUUCUUGUGCAUUCAUUAGAUCAUCCGGUCUUGAUCCCUUCCCUGUAAAGGUAUCAUUUCUAAAUUUAUGCCAUUCUUGGUUGAGUGGGCAGGUAAUACUCAUGUGACGGGAAAGGUCAUCAGCUGAAUAUUUUGCUACACAUAGAUCAUCAGUGUGUGUGUGUGUGGUGGAAGCGAGUUCACCGACCAAUUUUCGGGACGCGCGCCUCCUGUUGCACCUUGAGGCUUGCUGGCGGUUGCGCAUCGACUAGGUGUCUAGAAACAAAGACACUGGAAACACGACAGCAGCCUACCAGCGCAAACACCAAACAUGUAUCGAUUUACUAAGUAUGUUUGGAUAAAAAUAUAUGUAUAUUUACACGCGAGAAAGGAAGAGGAAGAACAAGACUAAGCGAGUGCCGGAAUCGGGUGUUAUUUGUCUGAGUCCAUUUUCGGAGAAAGAGCAGCAGCAGAACAUGCCCAGGUUUCCGCUCCCUGAAGACCCCACCGGAAACACCGCCGAUGAUGUUUCUUGCUUUGCCAUGUACGUAUACUGUAUAUGCUAGAACACAGUGCGGAGGGGGGGGGACACAGAGGGAUGGUUACUGUGACAAAGUGCCAGUCACCUCCUCACCCUCCGGAAUGGUGAUAAUUCUCACCGAACUAAUUGCCAUCCCUGACGUGAGCGGAUCGUAAGAUGCUUUUCAUGUAUAAAGGCGAAAUUUUGAGUUCCAGGUGUAUACAUAUUUGAAGAAGAAGAAGAAUCGAGCACCGGAACAAUUCGUUUAUUAUCCUGAGCUUUCAGACUCGUACAGGAGUCCAUCGAUGGACUCCUGUACGAGUCUGAAAGCUCAGGAUAAUAAACGAAUUGUUCCGGUGCUCGAUUCUUCUUCUUCUUCAAAUAUGCUUUUCAUGUUUCAGGUCGGAGCCAUCCUCUAUCCCAUUCGCUUGGCCACGUAUGUAGACCAUCUGCGACCUGUACGAGCGCAUGUUUGUACUUUUGGUCCAUCUAGUAGUCAGUGAUAUAAUUGGCUGAAUGAAGGCAAAAUAGGCCGAAAUAGUAUCUUUCAAACCUGCCUUUAUUUGCUGCUGUUACACGGUCGUUACAGAUCAUCAAUACUUCAUAGGCCUUCCGGAGUGAGGUAUAUAAACAGCUGGCGACGGACACUGAGUGUCACAUGCUUAUUCGGCAUAUAUAUGCGUAAACUUCAACGCAGACAUACAAAGCUGGAUAGCGGACACUGAGGGUCACACAAUUAUUCGACAUAUGUAUAUAUACAUAUACAAAAAUAUCAAGGGAACGACGACAGAGUCUUUGGGGUAGAUUAAUGCAGCCCUGUUUCGGGCUUAUUUUGCUUUCCUUCAGCCAGUCAUAACACCGACUAGCAGCUGGGAUCAGAAACACAAACAUGCUCACAGACACACCUGGCGCAUUUGGUCCACCACUGCCGUCUACCAGAUAGGUCCUAAGCACUUCCUCGAACUGAAGUUCAUCUGUGCUUCGCCACCUGCCAUCCCCUGUCUCUGCAGAUCAGGUAGUUACUUACUCAGAAGUGUGCGCACACAGAAGCUUUUCUGCUUCGCAAAACAAAUGGAUCGGUGUGCGCCCAUUCCUGAGUGAAUAUAUAGAUAUAUACGCGAACUGGAAGGCAGGCAUACCAAAAAUAUAAUAAAAAGGCAAAGACUACCUUUUGGAAAAAGUUCGAAACUUUGUUUGGCAGCUUUUUGAUGCUGGUUCCCCACGUCUUUGUCAGACACGAAGACCCAAUCAACACAUAGUGACACGCAUGACGGUUGUCUUCCAGCGUCAACAUCGAAAACCUGCCGUUGUAAGUGGGUUUUAAAUUUUAACCGUUUUUAACCCAUUUACUCAACGUAUAACUACGACCUGGAGAACAAUUCUCGAAAAUUUACCCUAUGAAGUUUCGCACUUUUCCCAAAGAACUAAUUUGCCUUCCAAAUAUAUGUACACAUCCAUAAAUGCAUAGACGCACACCGGUCCGCUAACUUUUCGAAGCAAAGAAGAUUCUCCCCUUUUAAAAAAAUGCAUGUAUCAUUACACGCGAGAAAGAGAGAGGAAGAAGGAGACUGAUCGAGCGCCCGAACCAGGUGUUUAUUUGUCAGAAUUUUCGAACUUGUGAGGCAGUCCAUUGUCAGAGAAAGAGCAGCAACAGAGCAUGCCUACGUUUUCGCUCCCGAACUGCCUCAUGGGGAACACCAUCGAUGAUACCUCAUGUUUUGCCAUGCAUAAAGGACGUUUCAGAGGCGACCAAAUGCAUUGCUGCGUUACCCACUGUCCCAUAGCUAACGCAUGCAGUAACUUCGCGGAAAUUGAAGCCGAUCAGCUUAGGCGUGGUGUAUCGUAUCCCGUGCCCAAAUUGUUCGUGUACUUACACAGGCCAGACUGAAAUCGUGUCCAGACUACGCAUACACGAAAAUAAGCCGGCUGUACGAGGGACCGACGAAUUAUCGCAAAAGGCCGUCACGCCUUCGAAACCAACCAUGAGUUAAACUGCGCGGCCAACAUGGUAAUCGUUCUCGUCAAAAACAAGGCAAAACGAAAAUUGAUUGAAGCCUGAACCUUGAAUGAGGAGUCAGUCAAUCGAUGUAUCGAUUUGGCAUCAGCAUAUAGAGCCUUGCGCAGUCACCUGCACCCCCCGCGUCACUGAUUUUUAAUCGAAGAACAUUUCCAUAACUGUCGCCUAUUCUAUUGCCGCUUGUUGCUCUGACAGUGUACUCGUUUACGACAUCGGACGCUCGCACACAUUAAAUGGAUAACCCCAUUUCUUAAUCAGUCUUCUUAUUCUGCCUUACUCCUAAAGACAUCUGGAACCCGACCAUUCGCCUCUAUUUGUGAUCUACACGCGUCUAGGUACGUAUACUAUAUAUACGAAACUUCGGUGCGGAAGGAGGGAUACAGAGGGAUGGUUCCUGUGAAAAAGGGCCAGACACCUCCUAACCCUCCAUAGUGGUGAUACUUCUCACCGAACUGAUUGUCAUCCCUGACGUGAGCGGAUCGUAAGAUGCUUUCCAUGUUUCAGGUCGGAGCCAUCCUCUAUCCACCUAUUUCCUGGCUCCCAAUGUGGGAUGAGCUCGCAGUGGAGAGCAUUCCGCGUGCAGCCAACCUCUUCUGUCAGCAUGUCCUUCUGGUGUUCGCGUGUGUCCUGCUCACGGCCACGGUGAUGGGUUACGGUCUGCGAAACCCGCCCGCCAAUCUUUCGGGACUAAAUGGGGGAAAAUCUGACGCCCGCACAGGCAGUAAUCAACAACGCCUCCUCGACAGUGAGGAUGUCAGCGACGAGGAGACGGAGUUGCUGGAGAUGCGAGUCUGGAAACCGUUGCAGUGA